AUGUGGAUUAUUUCAUUCUGGGUCUUCCCCGUCGUAUCGGCCUGCAUGUGGGUUGCGAUGUUGAUUGCCAUGAUUGCCACAUGGGCUAGGGAUGGCAAGCCACACUACCCCAGUAUGGAGGCGAACCAGACGAUCGCGUACAUCUCGGAUGUUGGCGCAUUUGGUGCAAAGCCACUCUUCAUCACAGGCAGUGUGAUCACCGUAGUGUUUCUGGACUUGGCCUUUUUGUCAGAGCGAUGGCUGCGCCAUGCGGGCCAGCUAGUCCCCAACAAGGGCAUCUUCGACAAAGCCUGUGCGAUCCUGUCCAUCUUCUUCGGUAUUGCGGGUGCGCUCGGCCUGAUCCUGCUAUCCAUCUUCGAUACCUACCACCAUCCUCGUAUGCACGAUGGCUUCUUGGCAAUGUUCAUUGUCGGAUACCUGGUCAGCGCGAUCCUGAUCUGUGCAGAAUACCUGCGUCUCGGAAUCUUCUACCGCUCACAGCACCGUAUCCUGUUCGCCAGCUUCGUGAUCAAGCUCGCCUUCGUGAUCAUCGAGAUCGGCCUGGCAAUCGGCUUCGGCGUCUGCAUGAAGAGCAGCGAGAAGUCAAAAAAGAAUCCCGGCGCGAUUCUCGAAUGGGUGAUUGCUUUCGUCUUCACCGGUUAUAUCCUCUCAUUCGUAGUCGACCUGCUACCAUCUGUCCGCACGCGCCGCCACAUCCCACAGGGAGAGAAGCGUCUCGAGAUGGCGCACGAGGGACCCAAUGCGCCGCAUACAACUUCGAUUGAAGAGCCCCUGACGACCGACUCGGUUGGUCCCAAUUAUUACCGGGGUCAGCGCGUCUAG